GAGAACUCAUAUACACAUGCAGACAUACUCAUUCGUACAGAGGGAAAUAAAAGGGGUGGUUUGUACAUCUGGGAAUACUUGGCACGCCUCUGUUUACGUCGCGGCUCAGACAGACAGACAGACCGCCAGCAGGAUACCUCACCUCACCUAGUCCUAGUCCUGCUCAGCAUCCUACACCCUCUCCACCAGGUGUGAUGGCAGACUCCCAGGCAGCAGUGACUGAGGCGGCUGUGGCAGGUGAGGCGGCAGCUCCUGUGAAGGCUCCUGAGACCGACACACCAAAGCCAGGCGAGGGAGGAACAAAGUCCAAGGAGUUUGAAGGAGCCAUUGGAGGAAUGAGGGAUCCCAGCAAUGUUGAGGAGGAAGAAAGUGAUGAAGAAGAAUAUGAUGAUGAAGACUUGGAGGACGAUGAUGAAGAUGAGGAUGAGGAUGAUGAAGACCAUGAAGGAUUCAUGAGUAUGCUUCAAAACUUUAUCAUGAACAAACUGGACCUGAGUGACCAUGGUGAAGUCGAAAAAGUAUUGGAGGAAGUGACAGUUGAAGGAGUUGUGAAAUACAUCAAGAGUGGAAAGUGCAAGAACAUUAUUACUAUGGCUGGUGCUGGCAUCUCCACCUCUGCAGGUAUCCCAGACUUCCGUUCACCGGGCACGGGACUAUACAACAACCUAGAGAAGUACAACCUGCCCUUCCCUGAGGCAAUAUUUGACAUUGAGUUCUUCAAAAGCAACCCCAAACCUUUCUUCGUGCUGGCUAAGGAUCUGUACCCUGGUGCCUUCAACCCCACACCUAGUCAUUGGUUCAUUCGACUCCUCCACGAAAAGGGAAUCCUCCUUCGACAUUACACACAGAACAUUGACACACUGGAACACAUUGCUGGCUUACCAGCUGAGAAAGUGGUGGAGGCUCAUGGAACCUUCCGCACUUCCCACUGCAUUGCUUGCCGCAAGGAGUACAGCCAAGACUGGAUGAAGGAGGAAAUUUUCAAGGACAACAUACCAACAUGUGAGGAGUGCAGUGGCCUUGUCAAGCCAGAUAUUGUGUUCUUCCGGGAGAGCCUGCCCACCAGGUUCUUCCAGUUGAUGCAGACAGACUUCCCCAAGUGUGACCUGCUGCUGAUCCUGGGCACUUCCCUCACUGUGCAACCUUUUGCCAUGCUCAUCAACAAUGUGCCAUCCUCUUGUCCACGGCUUCUCAUCAACCGAGAGAAGGCGGGUGCUAUGGAUCCCAUGAUGGCCAUGCUGCAGGGCAUGCUGAGCAGCAGUGGCUUGGCCCUUGACUCCCCAAGGAACAUUAGAGAUGUGGCCUUGCUAGGAGACUGUGAUGAUGGCUGUGUAAAGCUGGUGGACAUGCUGGGUUGGAAGGAGGACUAUGAGAAACUGUUCACCCCUCCUAAGAAAGCUGAAAAGACUGAGGAAUGAAGUGCCUGGCUGGUGUGGCAAGAUUCAGUUUUUGAGAUGGAGGAAAUACACGUGAUCAGUUUUGCAGUCUCUUAAGAAAACACAAUGUUCCUCAGAGGCAGUACCUAUUUUGUAGCUUGCCAUGACCAGGGUGUGUGUAGAAGUAAUGUAGAACAGGGCAUUGCAUCUAUGGUUGUAGGUCAGUUAUAUAUGAAUAUUGAAGCAUUAUAUACUCUCUCUCUCAUCCUCUGUGUGUUGCUUGGGACAGUAUUAUAUCUUGUUUGGGCUGUGUUGCUUUGACCAUUGUUAUGGUUUAUGGGGCAUUUGUUAUCUUUCGGUUUCCUUAAUUUUCGGUGUGUGCUUAUGAGGUGUUGUCAACUGCUUUGCUAUAAUUGCUAUAGUAUUGUUUUUGUCAUUGAUUUUUCCCUUUUUUUCUCAAACUCUUAUACUGUCCUUCUUGAUAAGUUUCAUGUGCCUCUUUUCUAUCAGGAACUUCCAUGUCUUGGAGUGUGUCCUGUAUUAUUCAUAUGUUAUAUGAUUCUUUUCUCUCCCCAACUCAAGCAGUCUCUGUUUUUUGAAAAUAUGUCUUCAUAGUCUUACUCUUGUAUAGAUUUUUAUUACAUAUUUCCUUUCUUUCCCUUACAUUCCCCAAGAUCAUUCAUUUCAUUCUUCAUGAAUGAAUGCUUUGAAACUUGUAUAUUGUUUUGUUGGUAUUCUUUUAGGCCAGUGUUUUAUUAACAUAAUUCUCAAGAAUUCCAUCUGUUCUCUUUUCAAUAAUCUUGCUCUUCUUUCAGUAGAAUGUUGUCUUUAUACUCUUAAGCUCAUUCUCCUCUUGUUGAGGACAUGGGUGUGGCAAGCCGUGAUAUACAUCUAUAUUGGAUCUGCAGCCUUAGCUUUACCCGUCUACAGGUGGCAGCCAUUGCUUGGGUGGUGUGGCCUCGGCCCAGUAGUGGUGACUGGUCUGUGGGAGAGUAGUUAUUGCAUACGAAGUGUUGCAAUAAUGAAUUUUGAAUGAUAUUAUUUGGUCCAUGAAAAAUAUAUACUUAUAGGCUAUGUUUUAUAAAUAUUUAUUGGUUUAUAUGAUCUAAAUUAAAAGAAUUUUUGUAUAGAUGUUGAUGUUAGGAUAUGAAUAAUAAAUUGUUUGAAAUCC